AUGGCACAGGUGGAGGAGUCAGUACUUCAGGCAGGAAACACAGCCCCUGGCUUAGACGAAAUCCCAACCUGCAUACUCAAAGUGAUAUGGCCUCUGAUCAAGGACAAGAAACCAAAAAAGACUGAUUGGUCUUCACCUAGUUUAUACAGACUAAUCGCUCUCCUAUCAGUACUUGGCAAAGGACUGGAGCGCUUGGUGGCACAGAAUAUGGCAUGGAUCUCUAUACACUAUAAAGUAUUAGCAAGGCAACAGUUUGGGGCUCUCCCACUAAGAUCUAUAAAUAAUCUAACCACAUGCCUAACACAUGAUGUUGAACAAGCACUAAAUCAAGAUGUUAAGGGCGCUUUUGAUACCGUGCUUCCCGGCAGACUCAUCCGCAGAUUACGUGAGCAGGGCUGGCCCACUAAUCUUGUUCUCUGGAUUGCCUCCUUUGCUACUGGGCGAUCAGUCCAGAUCCGACUCGAUGGAGAGAUUGGCCCCUCAACAGACAUUGCCUGCGGUCUUCUAUAA